AUGUCCCCUCCCACCAUCUCACGCACUGCCCCAUUCUUGACAUCCGACGAAGAAUAUCUCACCACUGGUCUCCGUUCAGAUCUUCUCCAAAAGUGGUUUGAGGAUUUCGGGUGGAAUUUAUACUCCCCCUGGCGAGAUGCUAGCCCGCCUGGUUAUUCGGGUGACGGAGACGAUGAAAUCUGCGCCUCACGGAAUACGUGGUGGAUUCUCCUUGAUGACCCUGAACUCUUUGAUGUCGGCGACGCCUGGCCUCGGGUUUAUAGCACCCUACCCGAGCUGGUGAAGCCUGUGAAUACACAUCCCUUCGAACCAAUGGCUGAACAACUCAAGCUGAAGGACAAACUUAUCAAGUCCUACGGUUACAAGCCCCGUAGCGAAGAUGUGUUUAACAGAAUACUACAUGUGGCCUAUAAUGAUAGUAAUCGAAACCCAAUCAUCCUUCUUGACAAACAGGCGUUCAGCAGGGGUGAAUGGGGCCUCGUGUAUCUUGACUCCAAGGGUGAUGUGAAAAAAUCUCAUGCCCAUCCUGAUUCUCUAGGUUAUUUGCACAUUUGUCAGGAGAUUGAACUCAUUGCAUGUGAGAUGAGGGAGUCCUGA